CCUAGAGCAGUGCAGGGCGCUCACUCCUCACAGGCGCGCAUAGCGCCACUGCCUCUACCGCACUGGCCACCGCAGGGACAGGGACAGGCUCCAUCACAGGCACAGCACUGCUCAGAGCAGCAGCGGCACCAUGGCGCAAGCCGCUAAGCAGAUCCGCAAGAACAAGGACCUACAGGAGCUCGCAGCCCAGGAGCUGCGAGAGAAAGAGGAGGAGAAGAUCAAGAAGAGGAACCGAUCGAGAGACCGCAGACGCAAGGCAGACACAACGACCAGUUUUCUUCGAGCUGCACGCUCAGGUAAUCUGGAAAAGGCUCUGGACCACAUCAAAAAUGGAAUAAACAUCAACAUAGCCAAUCAGAAUGGACUUAAUGGGUUGCACUUGGCUUCCAAAGAAGGCCAUGUUAAGAUGGUGCUUGAGCUGCUGCACAACGGCAUUGAUCUGGAGACUACUACAAAGAAAGGGAAUACCGCCCUUCAUAUUGCUGCUCUGGCCGGUCAAGAGAAAGUGGUCGCUGAACUGAUCAAUUAUGGUGCCAACGUCAAUGCGCAGUCUCAGAAAGGUUUUAGUCCCCUCUACAUGGCAGCACAGGAAAAUCACUUGGAAGUGGUGAAAUAUCUACUUGAACAUGGAGCCAGUCAGAGCCUUCCAACUGAGGAUGGUUUUACUCCUUUGGCAGUAGCACUUCAGCAGGGCCAUGAGAAUGUGGUUGCCCUUCUGAUAAACUAUGGCACUAAGGGAAAAGUGCGCCUUCCAGCCCUACACAUUGCAGCACGCAAUGAUGAUACACGCACUGCUGCUGUACUGCUGCAGAACGACCCCAAUCCAGAUGUCCUGAGCAAGACUGGCUUUACUCCCCUCCACAUUGCAGCCCAUUAUGAGAAUCUCAGUGUUGCACAGCUUUUGUUAAACAGAGGAGCCAAUGUGAACUUUACGCCUAAGAAUGGCAUUACUCCAUUGCAUAUCGCUUCCAGAAGAGGGAAUGUGAUUAUGGUGCGACUUCUAUUGGACAGAGGAGCUCAAAUAGAUGCCAAAACUAAGGAUGAGUUGACACCGCUGCAUUGUGCAGCCAGAAAUGGCCAUGUACGUGUCGUGGAGAUCCUGCUAGACCAGGGCGCUCCCCUUCAGGCCAAGACCAAGAACGGCCUGUCUCCCAUCCACAUGGCAGCGCAGGGCGAUCAUAUGGACUGUGUGAGACAGCUGCUGCAAUACAAUGCAGAGAUUGAUGACAUCACACUAGAUCACCUGACCCCACUGCAUGUGGCAGCACACUGUGGGCACCAUCGCAUGGUUAAAGUGCUGCUCGACAAGGGGGCAAAAGCGAAUGCCCGGGCUCUGAAUGGGUUCACCCCUUUGCACAUUGCCUGCAAGAAGAACCACAUGCGGUCCAUGGACCUUCUUCUCAAGCACUCAGCAUCUCUAGAGGCCGUGACUGAGUCUGGUCUAACCCCACUUCAUGUGGCUGCAUUCAUGGGGCAUCUGAACAUAGUGAAGAGUCUGCUUCAGAGAGGAGCUUCACCCAAUGCAUCUAAUGUGAAAGUGGAGACCCCAUUGCACAUGGCUGCCAGGGCAGGACACUGUGAGGUGGCUCAGUUCCUGCUACAGAACAAUGCGCAGGUGGAUGCUAAAGCAAAGGAUGAUCAGACACCCUUGCACUGUGCUUCUCGAAUGGGACAUAAGGAGUUGGUGAAGCUGCUCAUGGAGCAUAAGGCCAAUCCAGACUCGGCCACCACGGCAGGACAUACUCCAUUGCACAUCACUGCCCGUGAGGGACACGGCCAGACAACACGCAUUCUGCUUGAUGGGAAUGCACAGCAAACCAAAAUGACCAAGAAAGGAUUUACCCCUCUUCAUGUAGCAUGUAAAUAUGGUAAAGUGGAUGUGGCAGAGAUGCUUUUGGAAAGGGGGGCCAAUCCUAACGCAGCUGGAAAGAAUGGAUUGACCCCGCUGCAUGUGGCUGUCCAUCACAACAACCUUGAUGUAGUUAAGCUGCUGGUCAGCAAGGGCGGCUCUCCGCACAGCACUGCAAGAAAUGGCUACACUGCCCUGCAUAUCGCAGCGAAGCAGAACCAACUAGAGGUGGCAAGCAGCCUACUACAGUACGGAGCUAAUGCCAACUCAGAGUCACUGCAAGGCAUCACCCCACUUCACCUGGCCUCACAGGAGGGACAACCUGACAUGGUGGCUCUGCUCAUCUCCAAACAGGCCAAUGUUAACCUGGGCAACAAGAAUGGGCUGACACCUCUGCACCUGGUUGCUCAGGAAGGGCAUGUGGGCAUUGCAGACAUGCUUGUGAAGCAGGGUGCCUCAGUCUAUGCCGCCUCUAGGAUGGGCUACACACCCUUACAUGUGGCUUGUCACUAUGGCAACAUAAAGAUGGUGAAGUUCUUACUCCAGCAGCAAGCCCACGUUAACAGCACGACCAGAAUGGGUUAUACACCUUUACAUCAAGCUGCUCAGCAGGGUCAUACAGACAUUGUCACCCUGCUGUUGAAACAUGGAGCCCAACCCAAUGAAAUCACCACAAAUGGGACCUCACCUCUGGGGAUCGCUAAGCGGCUAGGCUACAUCUCUGUUAUUGAUGUGCUCAAACUGGUGACUGAAGAAUCAGUAUCUAUGAUCACAACUGAGAAGCAUCGCAUGAGUUUCCCAGAGACGGUGGAUGAAAUACUGGAUGUGUCAGAGGAUGAAGGAGUUGCUCAGCUAACAUUAGGCGAUGAACUUCUAGGGAUGGAUGGGGCUCGCUACUUGAAGCUGGAUGACUUGAAAGACCAGGAUGAUGAUUUUCUCUCCCCCAAGAAAACCCUGAGAGACUUUGAAAGUGGGAUGGGCACAACACCUUACUCGCCUGCAAUUCCCAGAAUACCAUGCGUGUCUCCUGAAACUGUCAUGCUAGACCAGCACACACCUGUCCCUUUGCCAAAGGAUUAUGACGAGGACUCUCUAAUCCCCAGUAGUCCAGCCACAGAGACCUCAGACAACGUUAGCCCAGUGGCCAGCCCCAUCCACACUGGGUUUCUGGUCAGCUUCAUGGUGGAUGCCAGAGGCGGGUCAAUGCGUGGCAGCAGACAUAAUGGCCUCCGUGUGAUCGUUCCACCACGUACCUGUACCGCCCCCACACGCAUCACCUGUCGUCUUGUUAAACCACAGAAACUCACCACCCCACCCCCUCUGGUGGAGGGAGAGGGGCUUGCGUCUCGUAUUAUCUCACUGGGGCCUUCCAGUAUGCAGUUCCUGGGGCCAGUGAUAGUGGAGAUCCCUCACUUUGCGUCUCUAAGCCGGGGCGAUCGGGAACUUGUAGUUCUGCGAAGUGAGAACGGCUCCGUCUGGAAAGAGCAUCGUAAUCGCUAUGCUGAUGAGGUGCUGGAGACCAUCCUUAAUGGCAUGGAUGAAGACCUUGAAAGUCAGGAGGAGCUGGAGAAGAAAAGAAUCCGCCGGAUCAUUUCCACAGACUUCCCUCUCUACUUUGCUGUUGUUUCACGUGUCCAGCAGGAGAGUGAUCUUAUUGGCCCAGAGGGAGGUCAGCUGAUGAGUAAGCUGGUGCCCCAGGUCCAGGCAAUUUUCCCUGAGACGGCCGUCACCAAGAGGGUUCGACUUGGUCUGCAGGCCCAACCAAUCCCAGAUCAGCUGCUGACUCGGCAAUUAGGAAACCAGGCCACAUUCAGCCCUGUUGUGACAGUAGAGCCUCGUCGACGAAAAUUCCACAGGCCAAUUGGGCUCCGUAUCCCUUUACCGCCAUCCUGGAGGGAGAGUUCGCGCGAUGCUGGUGAGGGAGACACCACAAGCCUGCGCCUCCUCUGCAGUGUUAUUGGUGGCACCGCUCCCGCUCAGUGGGAAGACAUCACUGGCACUACCAAACUCAUGUAUUCCCACAACUGUGCCAACUUCACCACCAAUGUGUCUGCAAGGUUCUGGUUGGCAGACUGUCCACGAACGGCGGAGGCUGUGACCUUUGCCAACCUGCUGUACCAUGAGCUGAUGUCAGUGCCAUACAUGGCCAAAUUUGUGGUAUUUGCAAAGAUGAACGAUGCCAGAGAGGGCCGUCUGCGCUGUUACUGCAUGACUGACGACAAAAUAGACAAAACCCUCGAGUUGCACGAGAACUUCACAGAGGUGGCACGUAGCAGGGAUAUAGAGGUGAUGGAGGGGAUGCCACUGCACUUAGAAUGUUCCGGAAACCUGGUGCCAGUGAGAAAAGCCACCCAGCAGCCUCGUAGCUUCAGUUUCCAGGCCUUCAGAGACAACCGGCUACCAGUCUCUGUUAAGGUGAGAGAUGGCAAUAAGGAAGCCACUGGGUUCCUGUCCUUCCUGCGCAAAUCCACCAAAUACGAGGACGUGCAGCAUGUGCUGUGUAACCUCAACAUCACCAUGCCGGCCUGUGUCAAGGUGGGGGGUAGUGACGAACGUCGGAGAACAUUGACACCUCUCGCCCUUAGGGAGAGGUACAGCACCCUGAAUGAGUCUGGCCUAGCCACAGUAAAUGCCAUGGAGAGAACCGAGCUUAAGAUCGCAUUCAUAUCAGAACAGCUUGGACUGAGCUGGACUGAGCUGGCAAGGGAGCUGCAGUUUAGCAUGGAUGACAUAAACCGGAUCAGAGUAGAGAACCCAAACUCCCUUCUGGACCAGAGUUCAGCUCUGCUCAACCUUUGGGUCAGUAGAGAAGGAAAGAAGGCCAAGAUGGAGAGCUUGCAUGGAGCUUUAAAGAACAUUGAUCGGUCAGACAUUAUGAAGUCUUUGGAAGCCCAGGCUCCUCAGGCAGUUCCUGGGGUGGUGGAGGAAGGAGCCUGCAGACUGGCUGAUUGCGACUCCAGCCUGCUUUCCCCUAGUGUCAUCAACGGUUAUGGGCUGGUGCAGGAGGAGCUGCUCUCCCCCGCUUCUAUGCAGUAUAGCCUGCCCUCCCCACUGGGUGUUGAGCCCUACUGGCAGGAGGUGUCCAGCAUGGAGUGUGCCCCCAUUGCCACCACCGAGGAGGACACUAUGAUGGAGAUGUCAGAUGUGCAGGUGUGGCCAGCAGGGGUCAGUCCAUCCCUGGUAACUGUUGAGGACUCGUCCCUUGACUGUAGCAGCCGUGCAGAUGACUCUGAGGGUAACACGUUGAGCCUGCCCUGCAGUAGCUUGGGUAGACCCAGCAGUGGAGCCAGCGGGGCCAGUGGCUCUAUCAUGGAACUGGAGGAGGAGGAGGAAGAAGAGGAGGUUGAUGAAGAUGACAUACAGCAUGAGCCGGUGUCCAGGAUUGUAGAAAAAGCGUGGGCCAGUGGCGCUGUCCCAAAGGCCAACUACAAUGGGCAGGCUGGAGGUCAGAGGUCGGAGGGCAAGAGGACAGAGGUGGUGGCAGGUGGCAGUAUGACUGGUAUAGCUAGAGGAGGAGGAAAGGGUGGAAAAGGGGCAAGUUCAGAGGAAACGUUUUCUGUUCUUACAGGGCAACAGAUAUACGCCCAGUUGUGUGAGAGAACGGGACUGACUCGAGCACUAGAACACAAUGGAGACAGGCUUGGUGGUGGUGCUUUCCAGCCUUUCUCCCAGGAGAAAGAAGGCUUCGCUGACUCCCUCCACAGCUGGUCCCAACCCAAAGCAAGACAGACCAUGGAGGUCAUGAUGUCAUCAUCCCAGGACCACAAUCAGUCACGUGUAGCACAGGAGGCCCUGCUUACACCGGUAUGUGAUACAGGCCAUUCGGAGGUCCUGCGUGGGCGUCUGCUGGGCACUCAGCCCUUUGAGAAAGGGCUGGGCUUCUCCCAUCAGGAGGGGGAAUUACGGGCAUGGGACAAGGACAGACGGAAGGCACAGAAAGAUGAUCCUAUAGACCUCACUGGUGAUCAUCUACAUGAAGAGCAGUUUACCGAUGAGCAUGGGAAUGUUGUAAGCAAGUUGGGUGUGGAUGCGAAGAGGGAUGUUCAGGCUGUGAAGCACUCCAGUCUUCGGAGAGUAAAGCACUGAAACUCUUACUGUCCUGAAGAGUCGGACAUCCACUGCCAAACCAUCCUUCACCUGCACAUGACCGGGACAGGACGAGACAUGGAGGGAUAAGAAAAAAGAAAAAAAAAAACAACGGGAGGGAAAACAUGUAGUGAAAACUCCACAUCCCACCCAAAAAAAGUCAAGCAUCCAUGGACCAUCACUGGAACAAAAAAGAAUUCAAGUUCCACCUGUAGUUUUGUAACAUUUUUAACAGAAAAAAAAUAUACAACUGUAGCUUAGGGCAUGAACUUUUUUUACAAAAUGUGAAGAAAACAACCAAAAAAAGCAACAAAAAGUGCUUCCUGUAAACUGUAAACGCAUGACUGACUGAUGGUGCAUGACCUAUGAGCUGUCAUUAUCUAAAAAAACUGAAGGGGUACAAGGUAAAGGGCCGUCCCAGGACUGGGUGCGGGCAGAAAACACAAGGAUCUCUUAUCUUGAAACAAGAGAGACUCUUGAAAGAGAGUCUCCGGAAUACAACAGCCCUAAAAAAGCAACAGUUUUUUAUUUUGUCAAACAGAUUGUCAUAACACAGCAGCAUAGUUGAUGCUAAGCCCCUCCCUUCAUUUACACAGACCCUUUAUCCUCUUAUUCUAUGUAAUAUAUGCACUCUAUGCUUCGUGAAUGUGCGUUGUGUGUGUGUGUGUCGGUAUCUAACGCAUGUGUAAUCGCUUCUGGCUUGGGACUGAGCUUUUUUCUUCAUCGGUCAGAGCUCAUUCAGUGUUUGCCAUGGGAAUGAGAAGAAGCCACUGUGCUCUCCUGCUAGUGAGUGUCUGUGUGUUUAUUUCCAGGCUUUGUGAAAUGUAUUUGUGUUCCUUUGAACUGUCUGCCACCUUUUGCUUUUGUCUAAUUUUGUUUGAAUUUAAAGAGCCCCUCUCUUCAAAUUAGUAUUAACAUUUGAUCAACUUGAAGGUGGUGUCGCUCUAUGUAUGCACAACUCUCCCAAAUCCUUGACAACCUAUGGAGGACACAUGCUUUCUCUGUCUUAUAAAAAUUGACCAUCCAUUCAUCCACAUUUGUAGCUUGGCUGCGUUUUAGGAAAUCGCUAAGUCGGAACGAUUUCAGAGACUAAUGUAGCAUUGCAUGCUGGUUAACACUGCUUCUCUUGGGCCUGCACAUGGCCUGGAAGUUCUUAUUUAUUUUGUAUUAUUAAUCAAGCUGUGCUGGUGAAAUCAGAUUGUAGCUGUGAAAUGUUUGGGCUUGGAGACUGUAUUAUCUCUAAGUAACUGCCUUUGUAAUGUUUGGGAUUUAAGACAGAGUUAUGUGAAUUAGAAGCGUUUUAAACUUCGAUGCUCUUCGAUUAUACCUUUUCUUUUGCAUUUAGAUGUACAGUGAAAAUAGACAGAUAGAUAUACAGACAGCACUGUGACAGUCAACCUUAAAAUUGACCCCUGAACUGUGAACUCACAACUGUCUGUCUCAAUUUUUGGCUUCAAAUGUCUUACUUAUACCAACAGUGUUAUACACAACCUGUUCAACUAUGGGAAGCUUAAAAGUACUUUAAAUGCAAGUACAUGCAACCAAUGCCCUAUUUGCAUUGUUCACAUGUAUGUUUUCAUAGUCACCUUUAUUAUUAUUUAUUUUAUUAUGAAAGAGCCCAAACAUACACAAACUCUUAAAGUAUAGUCUACCAAAGCAAUAAUAUCACACGUGCUGACGUGGGAUACUGCGUUCUUGUGUGUGUGUUUGUUUGUGUGUGUGCGUGUGCGUGUGCGCGCGCAUGGGUGUGUGCAUGUGUGCGCGUGUCUAUGAGCGCUUGUGUGUUCAGUGUAUUCUGUAUUUACCCAACAUUUUAGUAGCAUUUGUAUGAUAUACAGUUAUAUGUCAGCAUUCAUGAGUAUCUCACAAAGGUCCCAGUAUGCAAUUAUGCGAUCUACGUACCAGCUCAAGUUCAUUGAGCGGGCGCUGCAUACCGAUGUGUGUACAAGGUAGCUGUGCUCAACUUUAAUGGGCAAGGCAUCGUUUCUAUGAAUGGCUAGAGUCAAUGGCAAGCAUAAUGUUGAAAAUCAGGGACAGUACUCAGCCUUUAAUCACAGCACAGUAGCUUACGUAAUCAUGAGCACACAGUGAUUUCGGGUCACACAUUCAUUUAGUUUAAGUUGAGGGAUGUGAAUGAAUGAAUGAAUUUGAACCUAUUCUCCAAACCCAGAAAACAGAAAACUAAACAUUUUAGGAAUGCAUGGAGAAUUGGACGAAUGACAAUGAUUGUACUUUGUAUUUAAAGAUCAUAAAUGAGAUCCUAUAGUUUUUAUUUAUCUGGGUUCAAUUUAAUGGUGUGCUUUUAUGAAAUUUCACACGUCCCAUCUCACUAGCAGUCAUCAAAACACUUCUGUCUCAUACUGUAUAUUAUGUUCUACUGUUCACUCAGGUUUGUGUUGACAAAUGAUUUCUCUUCCAUGUCAACUAUCAGGAGAAUAAGGAUUGUCAGUGAGUGGUGUUUGGAUGCUGGAAAGGGGUGUUGGUGACUUUAGCAUGCAGGACAUGGAUACUUGUUGAAUACCUUAUCGCUGAUGUAACGGUUGUCAAAGACCUAAAAUAUUUUCGUUUCUGAAAACAAAGGAAAAGGGAGAGAAUUUUUUUUAUUAUUAUUAUUUUUAAGAGAAGAAAAUAAUUUAACAUUGCAAUCAUUAUGUAUUAAAAAGAGUUUAUGUAAAAUGUUUAACUGUUGCAAAAAUCUAGACUCCACCUAUACUCCUUUAGAAUGGAUAAAUGACAAUAUUAACGCAAUAUCAUAUUACUAUGUACUAAGGAAUGCAACUGCGCACAUGCACAGAACAGAUGUUUUUAAUAAAGAAUAUAUGUAUAAAUAUAUGACAAAAUAUAUUUAAUUAGAAUGCUAUGCACCCGUAUUAGAGUCGUUAUGGAUGUACUUUAAGCAUCUUGGUUAGAAUCAAGUAAUACCAACAUGCCCAUAUCAUGGGGAAUGUAGAGGCUUUGUAGUUAUUUGAACAUGUUUUCAUUUCCUUUAAUUUUUUUUAUUGUAAUGGAAAAAGGAAAUACGAACAUUGAAUAUGUAUUUAAGCCUUUUAUUCGGACUCAUUCUGACAUGAUAUGUAUAGACCAUUUACCCUGCACACCAGCUCAGAUCAUUUACAAAAAUUAAUAAAGAAAGAU